AUGGCUAUGGCCUCCAAGGCAGAUGCCCUAGUGAAAUUUGCGAAGUGGACCAGUACAACGAAGAGUUAUGAGAACUCUGGAGCGUUCUUCAACGUCGAAGUGGUGAAAACUUUACUUCUGCAUGGGGAGAUAGACACUAUUCUGCGCGUGUGUGCUCUGCCUGGAGUGGGUCUUGAGCGUUUGUGGCGUGACGGGGAAUGCCAGUGUGCGGAACCUGUGCUCGGAUGGGACCAAGUAUGUAUCAAGGCCCUCAGGGCCUACAUAUGUCUCAACACGAUUUACUGCUUCCCAGAAAUAUGGGACGACGCUUCCGGCAGAACCGCGGAGGUGGACUACCGCAACACCAAAUUCUACCAGUACACACUGAGAACAUGCACAGGCACAGGGCAGACAUCAGAAGUGAGCACAUACCCGCAUCGACAAUUCUUCGGGAUAGGCAACAACCAUUUUACAGGCGAAUACCAAUAUCCGAAGGUUAGAAGCACACACUGGCUACGAUGGGCGGAUAACAAGCUUCAGGAUAACGGACGGUAUUAUUGUCGUCGGGCUGACCAUUAUGGGAAGGUGCCCAUUGACGAGUUCCUUACCCUGGAGAAUGAAAUGUUUGCGGGUCAUCAGCCAGGUUUGUCUGACGUGGCACUUGUUCGGGAUUACUUGUUUCAGAAAGGUCUGCCGGCGGAGCUGGUGUUGAACGUCAUGGAGCUCGCGGCGUGUGAACCGGUAGGAGGACGGUUGAACGAGCCACAUGAUCCGUUCCACCCAUCAAAUCGCAAGGAAUUGGCUCUGUACCUCACGUAUUGUUGGCGACUGCUAGUCCACUGCGACGUGAUGGCCAAGGCUCUUGGCAUGAAACUUCCAUGGGAAGAACUUCUCGGCGACUGUAUCGCUGACUUCUGGGCUGAUGACCGCUGUGGUGCUGGGCGAUUCUUUUGGUAUACGCUGGAUGAGUACAAUAUCAGGAUGCACAAAGUUUUCAUCCAGCCUUGA